UAAUCGUGCCGCGUAAUACCAAACAAAACUCUUCCCCCAAAAAGGGUCACAAUGGGCUGGCCAUACCACUUCCUGACCCUCUCCCAGGAACAAAUCCUCCUCCGCCGCCACACCAUCGACUAUUAUGCCAGCGUAGCCCAUUACUCAGCCUUGUCCCCAGCAGUGGUCUUCAUCCUCCUCCGCCUCAUCCAGCGUGCUGCGCGACCCAUACGCCGUCUUGGGGGGUAUGAUGAUAUUGAUGACCGUGGCCAGUAUGCUCAUGUCCCUGGGACGCCUACCCUCAAGGCUCAGCAUAAUAGUACGCUCGGCACGUUAGCGGCACGGUGGAGGGCCGUGCGGUGGUGGUUUGGCGACGAUGUCGUCUUCUUGGGUGUAAGUUGGGGACAGAGAGAUGAGUGGCUGCUGGGGCUUGGUUGGAUGAGCUGGUUACUCGUUCUCUGUGUUUUGGGGACCGGAGAAGACUACCUUCACUUCACCAAGCGCUUCGGCAGCAUUGCAAUCUCACAACUCCCCAUCCAGUACCUCCUCGCCCUCAAAGCGCUCAACCCUUACGCCUACGCCUUCAACUCGUCUCAUGAGCACAUCAACCGCUAUCACCGCGUCCUCGGCCGCGUCACAUACACUCUCGUCAUCUGUCACGUCAUCCUGUACAACAUCUUCUUCAUCUUGUCCGGCAUCUGGCUCAAGCGCUUCUUCGCGCCAGUCGUCUUCUGCGGAGUUGUGGCCAUGCUUGGCUUUGACGGUUUGAUUGGUACUGCGCUACGCCGUGUGAGGAAUUACUCGUAUCGCAUCUUCUUCAUCACACAUCUGGGCGUUGCUUUGCUCGCUCCCGUGCUGCUCUUUUUCCAUGCUCAUUCCGCCCGCCUAUACGCUGCCGAGAGCAUUAUUGUAUUCCUUGUGGAUCUCGCGGUUCGAAGAGCAGGCAUAACGCAUGCAGCGUCGACAUUCGAGGCAAUCCCAGGAACAAACCUCAUCAAAAUCUCCGCUCCCAUGCCCUCCCAUAAGAUUGAAGAGUUCCGCUCCCGACCAGGCUCUCACAUAUAUCUCAGUCUCCCCCCUAAAGGUAGAACCACAAAGCACCCUGCCUCCAAGUCGUUCAUGUUCGACUUUCUUUUCAACCCAUUCACGGUUGCUUCCGCUAGCGAAGACAGCCAAAGCAUCACACUAGUCGCUAGGAAGCGAGCUGGCCCCAUGACGGAUAUCCUCUCACAAUUUGCCUCCUCGACUUCGUCUCUCUCCUCUGAGAGCGACAACAAAAUCACACUCGCCAUAGAAGGUCCCCAUGGUGCUGUAGGCAAGCACUUUCAACAUCUUCUCACCUGGGGCGCCUCCCGCAUCCUCCUUAUUGCUGGUGGCGUAGGAGCAACUUUCAUCAUUCCGCUGUAUCACGCUCUCCAGCGAGAGCUCCCAUUAGCUCACGCCCAGUUCAUCUGGGCCAUCCGCUCGGCUGGCGACGCCACUUGGGCCUCAACUGACAAUGGCUUCGAGAAAUCCCUCCUUGAUGAUGAUAAUGUUCAUCUCUAUCUCACGGAGAAUAUCAAUAUCUUUCAUAACGAUGACCAUAGCCACGAUGGAUCUAUUGAGCUCGGAAACAUGAGCAGAGCGUCGUCGCGCCAACAGCGUUCCGCCGCAAGCAGCCACAACAGCAGGCGUCCCAAUAUUCAAAAGAUUAUAGAUGGCGUAUUCUGCCACAGUGUAGAUGAAAAGGUUGCCAUCCUAGUCUGCGGCCCAGAGGAAAUGAGCAGGGAGGUACGACGGCGGAUAGGGCCGUGGGCGAGAAAAGGCCGUGAAGUGUGGUGGCAUAAUGAAAGCUUUGGGUGGUAACGACGUUGUUCUAUUAGAAGUGCGGUUGAUGUGUAUAUAGAUAUAGACAAAUUUGUUAAACGUAGAUAAACGAGCAACGAAUAUCAAACGAUGUUAUUGGAUAAUUAUUCAGAUGGCAGAGAACAU